AUGACCGUUGGCAGUAAGAUAGCAAGCAACAGCAACAACAUGUCGUUCUAUCUCCUUUGCGGUAUAGUGACAACUAUUGUCCUUACCAGUUCAUCCUCUCCUUUUUAUUUUCCUCGUUUAUCGACGUCGCCAACAGCGCAAACUCAGCAAAUUAUAACUUAUAUACAGAAUUUACGCGACACCGCCGGCUUUGAAACCGGCGGUAUCCCGCGCCCCCAGAUCCCCUCCCUAGCCCUACCCUCCCUCCCCAGCCUCCCGCUCCAGCACACCUUCUUCCGCGACCCACGCGACCUUAUCCCAUGUAUCGCCUUGUUUGCCGUUUUUGUCGGCCUAUUCAAACACAAAAUCGACAUCACCGAGCGCGACAUCGCCUUGAUUACCCAUAUCUCGGCUUUCGCAGCAGCAUCCCCCAACAAUCCCCACACUCUGCUUCUCGACAUUGAUCCCACUGUCUACCGCCAGAUCGCGGCCCAUCUCCGCCGGUUGACUCCCCCGGAGUAUUUCCCGAGCCAGUCGCGCUGGGAUACCCACACCAUUAUGCUCGCAUGGGAGCCCCUAUGGCGCCUCUGCGCCAAUACCCUUGCUUCCACGCACGAUAACGACCCAGCACGCCGGGCGCUGAGUGCCUUCUAUUCCCAGCCCACUGCCGCGCAGUUCCGCGCAUCAGACCACGGUCCUAGCGUCCAGACGCUGAUCGAGUCCGCAAACCCACUUUUGCGCGAGGGGGUCACCCCUAACGCUUCCCCUUUCCUUUCCACCUCUGUUGUCGGCCGUCCACUGGUCGCCUUCACACGAUGGAUUUUCGGGAGCCAGAAUGAACGUGGUAGCCCAGCCCCAGGUAACGUAGAAGCUGGGAACGGUGCCCGACGCGAUGGUAACGGUGCCGCAUUCAUUCCGGAAUGGAUGCCUAUGGCUGCCGGGAUCAUCGUCGCCUCGAUUCUUCACGCAUCGGAGGCAUCCGUAUAG